AUGGAGUGGCAAGACACUGUGGAUCUAUCCUUGUUUAUUGUGAGUGCGGCACCUUUUGGUGGUCCUAUAGGUAAGUACAUCAGACUUCUUCUAAGUGUUUUUUAACCCACAGGAUGUACAGACAGGAUUUCAUCUACUUGCAUUAAUCUUAUGGUAAAUAGCCCCCCCCCCCCCCCCCCCCCCGGAAAGAUGUAUUUUUAAAACAAAAAACCCCCCAAAAAAAAAGUAAAUCUUUUUUUUUUUUCCUUUCUUUUUUUUUUUUAAUUGGUGGGGGGGGGGGGGGAAAAAAAAAAAAAGAGAAAGAACGCCACGAGACCACCGAACAAACAACCACCACACAUCCCCUCUCUUCGUGAAAAAAAAANACAAGGAGAAAUUUGAUGCUGGUCACCCUUAGGGCUUAAAGGGUUAAGAGCCAGAACCAUAGGUCUAAAUGAUCUUAACAGCACUGUAAGUACCGGUAUUUGUAAACAGUUGAUUGAUACAAAAAUUAUUUCUGUGACUGUUGCAGUUAUAUUUAUAGCAGCAAGAGUCCAUUAUACAGCAACAGUCACAGAAGUUUGUUUCAGUCAACUGUCUGUACAUGUCAAGGGAUUUGGCUGAAAAUAAUUGAAACGAAGAAAACAACUCUGAAGAACAUCCUGCUUCUUAUUAUUAAUAUUAGAACAGCUAGUGCAUAAAACAUGCAAUUAAUAGUUAUACAAUAUUAUAUUUUUCUACCUGCAGUCCCAUGUUGCAUGUAGAUGUUCAACAGUCAGUAAAGAGCCACUUAGUAGAAAUGCUGAAUAAAGCCAUUAUUAUUAUUAUCUCUUUUAUCACAGUCUUUGCUGGUGUUCUUUUUGUGCAUCAGCCGGGCGCAAACCAUGCACCUAGAGCAUCAGUCACUCAAGUCAAUCAUUCUGUUCGUACACUGAGCACCUUUCUGAGAUUUGUGCAGAUCCCAGCAUGCAGAUCAUUUGAAUCUCUGUCAUAGUAGCUCUCUCUGAUACUUUCUUGAUGUUUUCUACCAUACCCUUCUUCACUGUACCAAGCGCACCAACAACCACAGGGAUCACUACGGUUUUCGUAUGCCACAUUCUCUGUAUUUCUAGUUCUAGGUCUUUGUACGUGCUUUUUUUUUUCAGUUUCCUUCAGUGCGAUGUUUCUAUCUGAUGGAACAGUCAUAUCAAUCAGUUUGCAGGUGGAAUACACUGAAUCUUUAACAAUGAUGUCUGGUCUGUUCGCUGUUAUAGUUCUAUCAGUAUCGACUGGCAUGUCCCACAUGAUGGUGAUGUUGUUAUCUUUAUUGUGCAUCAUGGUCUCUGGCUCAUGUUCGUACCAUUUGUCUGUAAUUUAUUAUUAUUAUUAUUAUUAUUAUUUAUUUAUUAUUAUUAUUAUUAUUAUUAUAAUUGAAGAGCUCCAUGCUGAAUUGCCCUCUGUCCCUGUGGUGCUAUAUUUGCGAUGAUUAAAAUUUAACCAGGUUUAAUUUCUAAUGCAUACUAUUGCUAAUUGCUAACUCAUGUACACUUUUACAUACAUGGGGUGGGGGAGGGGGGAGGGGGUGAGGACAUUAGACCUGAACAUUUACAUGUCCUGCUCCUGCAGCCCCCCUCAUUUCCUUUUUGGAGGGAAGGUUUUUAUUUGUUUGUAUUAAAAAUUUUCAGCUCUGAUAAGAGAUGACAAGCAUUUUGCUCGAGUCCAAGGAUCAGCUAUUAAUAAACUCAUCAUUCACAUUUUUUCCUCUGCUGGAAGGGAACUUGCCACAGUUAAGGUAUGCAUCCUCCUGCUUGUUGUUUAAUUUGUGAACACAGACAAAGAGAAGCAUUGAUCAGGCUGAGCAGGUCACUUGUAUGGGUAAAGCUUGGUUCCUUGAAAUUCGUGGGUCUCCAAAAAAGUUUGGCCCAAUCUCAAAAUCUUAGAAGCAUUUCGGAUAGGUCUCCAAGUCUCGUUUUUGGGAGAUUUUGCUUCUCGGAGUCUUGAACUUCACACAGGAAAAUAAAUAAUAUUAGAUGGGCCAGCUACUGCAGAUGAAAUUCAAACCAAAAACAAGAAGUAUGAUACCCAGCGAAAACAUAUGUUUCUUCCACAAAGGAAAACAAAAUGGCCAUGGCUGGAGUAUGAUGAGGAAAAGGGCGUAAAGUUUUGCGAAACGUGUCACAAAAAAUAUCCAUUGUUAGCAGACAAGUCUUAAGACUGGUUCACAUUGCAAAUGUGUACUGGGCUAGAGCUAACUGUCAGGCUCUGGGCUAGUAAAGUAGGAAAUGCCAGCUAGCCCACAGCUAUAAAUACUUCCAAAAAAAUUUCAAGCCCUGUGUUGUCACACAAUGCUCCUCCCCACCUCCCUUUGUGGGGAGGAGCAUUGCAUGACAGCACCAAAAAUGGCUGUGAAACAGGCUAGUAUAUCACUGCAUGGGUCAACAAGACCAAAAACAAGUAUGUUCUACUUCUGUAGGCUAUUGAUCAAGUGUUCUUUUUUAUUCUUAGUGGGAUGGAGGCCCCAUAAUUCAGAUGAGAUGGUCCGUCACAGAGGACCUACUUUGCGUGGCUGAUGAUGGUACCGUAAUGGUGUAUGACAUUCAUGGCGCAAUCAAGAAAACCUUGUCAAUGGGACAGGUCAGUGUUAAAUCAUUUUGCAUCAUGGAAAGACUGAAAAAGAAGACAUUAUACAUGUAUGUUUGUAAAGCACCACUGCUUGACUACUUCUAGUUAACAUGAAGCUCCUCAUGAUCUUAGCCGAUUGAUGCCAUAUCUUAUGUCAGUAAAUUCUUUAACUACCCCAAGUAAAUCAAUUUUCUGAUAAAUUAAAUAAUCACCAAUUUUUCCAUGACCAUAAGCAAAAUACUUGUAAUUUAUAGAAAUUAUAUCAUCAUCAAAAACAGAAGUUGGGGGGUUGUACACUAAAUUAAAAUAGAACUGAUACACAUUCAUACACUUUCUGUAGUAAAGGCAUAGCCGUUGAAUAUACCCGUAUGUUUUGUAUGUUUUAGGUCAAAAUUUCAAUUCAGGUCAAAAGUUUUUAGCCUUGGUUGAUUCUUUAUCUCCUUUGUCUCCUCGUCCUAAUUUAUUCAUGAAUUAGGGCUAUGAGACAAAGGAAACUGAGAAUCAACCUAGCUUAAAAAAUUUUAAUCUGAGUAUGAUUUUGACCUGUAACAUAUUUACAUUUUGUAUUUUGCUUUUACAUGUGGCCUUAUCAAAUACAUGGCAACUUCAUUUUAAGAUCUGGUGCCUUUAAGUUUGGUAUACAUAGGAGACAACUGGAAAUUUGUAUCUGCAUUUUUUUGUAGGAUGCCAAGGAAUCCAAAGUUAUUGACUGCAAAACCUAUCAUUUUGCCGGAAGGACUGGCAUAGCUAUCCUGACUAGUAAUUACCACUUUUAUGUCGCAAACAACGUGGAAGAGGUCAGGAGUCGGCGGUAUUAUGAUCCACCA